AUGGAGCCCAUUAUUCAACGUCUUCUUAAUGAUAAGUUGUAUGAUAAGAGGAAGACCGGUGCCCUUGAACUCGAACGCUCUAUUCGAGAGCUUGUGUUAGCCAAGGAUUAUAAAAGGGUUUCGGAUAUUCUUGAGCAGUUGUGUAACGAAUAUGCUUAUGCUGUCCACCAACCCCAUGCCCGAAAUGGGGGGUUGAUAGGUUUAGCUGCCGCCGCAAUCGCCCUCGGUUCAGAACUACCAAGAUAUCUCGAGGUUAUCGUUCCCCCCGUCCUAGCCUGCUUUACUGAUCAAGAUGCUCGUGUCCGGUAUUAUGCUUGCGAGUCUAUGUACAAUAUCGCCAAGGUCGCUAAGGGAGAAAUCUUGAAGUAUUUCAAUCACAUUUUUGACGCUUUAUGCAAGCUAGGAGCAGACUCGGAACUUUCUGUGAAGAAUGGUGCCGAGCUUCUUGAUCGCCUGAUCAAGGAUAUUGUCUCCGAGUCUGCAGCCACCUAUGUGUCCGUCCUCGAGGCUGACCCGCCUCCGCCCUAUGAGGCGAAGGGCUCUGAGAACGGAUCUUCACCCCACCCGGGCCCGCCAACAGCCUUCUCCUUACCGGACUUCAUACCGCUUCUGAAGGAGCGGAUAUGGGUCAUGAAUCCAUUUACCAGGACCUUUCUCGUUGGUUGGAUCACUUUGCUCGACUCUAUCCCAGACCUGGAACUAGUCACAUAUUUACCCGAAUUCCUAGGAGGUUUGCUGAAGUUUCUCAGUGGCAACAAUGCUGACGUUCAUGCUGCCACACAGGGGUGUUUAGAUAAGUUCUUGAAUGAGAUCAAGCGGAUUGCAAGAGUGAAAAAGGGGAUAGCCGAAAGUAAGAAGUCGAAGGGGGACGGCAAGAGAAAACGAGAGGACUCUGUCGACAGCGGCAGUUUACGUCUAGCGCACGGCGAAGCCGAUGAAGCAGAGUCUGCUACUGCUAAUGAUGAUGACGAUGACGGCGAAGUUAGUAGUGAGGAUGACUGGAUCCCGGGGCAAGAUGUCCAGAUUAACUAUAAGGCCAUCCUGGAAAUUUUGACCGCAACGCUCGAUUCCCCUCUCGAGGAAGAUAGCCUCCUGGAGAGUUUGCGUUGGGUGGUAUCGUUUCUAGAUAUUUGUCCCGAGGAGGUCUUGCCCUUCACCCCUAAAAUACUGGCUCAUCUCCUUCCAGCAAUGGCCAGCGGUGUCGAACCGAUUCGCCAAGCUGCCGCGAGGGUGAAUUCCUCACUGAUGGACUACGUUGUUUCCCUCACAGACGAAAACGAUGGACCGCCGAGCCAAGGACCCACGCGGUCGUCAGCACCUAACGUUACAGAUCAGCCAGAGAGAACUUCAAGCACACGCGCCUCAUUAUCGAGCAGUCGUGAAAUCGACCCGCGUAGCCCAACACCAGCUCAAAACCGUCGAGCGCCCACCCCCGCUCAAUCACUAAACCCCCAACCAGAUUUGGAUUACGCCGCUGCGGUGAAUUCUCUUACUUUGCUAUUCUUGAAUGACCAUGAAGCAACCCGCGUUGCGGCACUAACCUGGCUCAUCAUGUUGCACCGCAAAGCGCCGAGGAAAAUCGUCGCGUUCAACGACGGAACAUUUCCUGCUCUCCUUAAGACGCUUUCGGACCCCGCAGAAGCCGUUGUUACCAAGGACUUACAGCUGCUGUCGCAGAUAUCGAGGAACAGUGAAGACGACUACUUCUCUAACUUUAUGGUCAGCCUCCUCCAGCUUUUCUCCACCGACAGAAAGUUACUGGAAACUCGAGGGAAUCUAAUCAUUCGCCAACUAUGCAUGACUUUGAGCCCCGAGAGGAUAUAUCGUACACUAGCAGAGACAAUUGAGAAAGAGGAGGAUGUCGAGUUUGCUAGUAUCAUGGUACAAAAUCUUAACAAUAAUCUUAUCACAGCGCCUGAGCUGGCCGACCUCAGAAAGCGAUUACGAAACCUAGAAACAAAGGAUGGCCAACUCUUCUUCGUCGCUCUUUUCCGUUCUUGGUGCUACAAUGCCGUUGCCACCUUUUCCCUAUGUCUACUCGCCCAAGCAUACGAGGCCGCAUACAAUCUCCUGCAAAUCUUUGCGGAGCUCGAGAUGACAGUGAAUAUCCUUAUUCAAAUCGAUAAGCUUGUUCAGCUUAUUGAAUCGCCCGUUUUUACCUAUCUUCGGCUUCAGCUGCUUGAACCCGAGAAGUAUCCGUACCUCUAUAAAUGUCUCUUCGGAUUAUUGAUGCUUUUGCCACAAUCAUCUGCUUUUGCUGCUCUCAAAAACAGAUUGAAUAGUGUAAGCUCGAUAGGCUACUUGCAGAUCGCGCCUCGACCUUCUGGCCCCACACCUAGCACGUCAAACUACGAUCGACCAAACAGAUUAGGAAAAGGCCGCGAGGAAGGUACAAUUCGAUGGGAACAGCUCCUAGAAAAGUUUAGAAGUGUACAGGAGAAGGCGAGACGAGCACAUAGGAUGAUGGAUGGCGGUAGUAUCGAAGAUGGGCCGGACUUUGGUGAGUUACGUAUUACGGAGAAGGAGCCGCCACGACCCGCCACCGGACCGACCGUGCCCCCGAAAGAGCCGACACAGGCCGCAGCACCGCAGAAGCGCUCGGGACUUGGAAGACAAUUCGGAAGACUCGGGGCGUCGGUUUCGGGAAGAGGGAAACGUUCCCAACAACAAUAAGCCUUGGAGUUGGUUUUUAGUGACGGCCCGAAAUAGGUGACGUUUUGUCUACGCCAAUGAGUUAGAAGGGCGAGGGAUAUACAUAUACAUACGCAUGCAUUUAGAGGGGGUUUCUACCGAGGUGCUUGCACA